AUACAUUUCUACUUCAAUGGCAUCACGUUUACAGUGACCUUGCUCAUCCUCCAGGUAGUCUCUUCGGACGCUGAUCUUCGUGCAUGCAUCACAGACUGCUGCUAACAAACUAGCAUUCAAACCGGAUGUUGACAACUUUAUUGCUUCUGACCAUACCCUAGGUCGAUGCUACACCACAUCGACUGCAAGAAACCUCCCAGAUCGCUGAAGCUCCAAGGUGCCAAAUUUCCCCGGUUUUUUUUCCCAACAAUGUACCACGUCCUGUUGAUGCUAGGUCCUCUACACGACGCAGUCCAUGCAUCCUCCUUAGUCGCUUACCGAUAUCAACCUUCUUACGCCACUACUCCAAGCCACAUACUACAUAGGACAAACGAGCCCGACAUCCAAUACAGAUCCCACCCUCUCAGCUGGACUGGAAACAUCCCCUCUGGCCUGAUGCGCAGGAGAGAUAGAUCAGACAUCGAGCUGCGAGAGCCACCUGUAGUCGAGGUACCAUGCGCAGCAAGCAAGCUUGUGUGUCUUCCCUCAAUUGUUCUAGCGGAACGUCAGCUGGAUGCAGGCCUCAAUUUUUUGAAUACCAAGCUCUACUACAUCCUUCGCCUCAAUGACUGCCAAGUCUGAAGUCUUCGAUAGCAGUAAGUCCGUCACUGAUUCGCCUCCUGCAUAUGACAACAUUUUACGUCUGCAUCAGCAGAUUUUGUCAAACGU